AUGCUGUACAUCGCCUCAGCUCUAUCACCUACCCCGAUCCUCGAUACGCUCCGUGUCAAGGGCUUGACAGGGCCAGACAGUAUAUCUCUAGUUGUUGCUAAGCCAAAUCGCAUCGAAAUAUGGGAUGUGAAUGAGGCCGGUCUCACUUUCAGUGCCGAUCUUGAAUUAUGGGGCAGCGUAGUGGGCAUCAGUCUGGUCGAGAACACCGAGGUACCAGGUCUCAAACCUCACCUAUUAGUCCUCUUGGGCCCUCCGGACGCUCAUCUGCUCCUCUUAUCUUUUCAACUUGAACCUUCGCCUUCCCUCAUAGUGACAUCCUCCUUGGCACUUUCCCCACCCACUCCUACACUUCGUCGAGCUGAAUUCUUCAAUGGUGUAAUAUCGCAGGGUUUCACCGCUUUGGUGAGCUUAUGGGUCGGUGUGGUGUCCUGCAUCGAGAUCGAUGUGGAGAAGGAGAAGGAGGCGAAACGUAGGCGUUCAAAUCGAGUGCAAAGGCUUGUCUUCAAGGAUAAUUUCAACAUCAACCUCCGCGAGCACAACCUGCUCCAUCUGGCUUUCUUGCCGAGCUCCAGCCCUCAGAACGAACCCACCCUUUCGUUCCUUUGGCUCUCUUCCAACUCGACUCUACAUCUUCAGGCUCGCCGGCUGGCUGCGAAAUCUCGAACGUUCAACGAGCUGUCGAAAGCUGUCGAUGUUGUCAUGCCUACGGGCAAGACUUCGGUGGAGGAUGACACCGACUUCAACGAUAUUCCACUCUCUUGCCCCGCAGCGAGGCGGGUAGUUCCUGUCGAUUCUGAGCACAUGCUCGUUAUCGGGGACGAACAUACCUGUCUAUACAAUCUCAGCUUCACACCUCAAUCCCCACAGAUAUCUCGCGGCUCGCUGUCCUCAAGUCAAGGGCCUAAAAGUCCCCGCGGGGCGAACACUCAACGGAGUCCUCAGAAUGACAUGAUGGGCGGGUCUGGCAAGCGGCGAAAGUCUAGUGCGGCUGGGUCUCGCUCAGGUUUAGAAGUUGGUGAACGGUGGAAUCUGAAGCCGCUGUGGCGAGUACGUCAGGGAUUCGGCACUGUCUUAUCUGCUACUGUGCUCGAGACGCACGCGAGCGGAGCGAGUGUGCUAAUUGGGGACGAGUGCGGUCGCUUGACUUGUAUCUCGUGGGAGACUCAGCCAACGCGCUUCCUACUCGGUGAAGAAGAUCGAUAUGGGUGUCAAACUCAAAAUGUCUGCCAGAUCGCACCUCCUUCGUCGUUGACCUACCUGGAUAACGGAUAUCUUUUCCUGUCAUCGGGCUGCAGUGAUUCAUCGCUCGUCAAUCUGCAAAUUCCCUCGGGCUCAGAAAGUUGCGGUUCGUCAGCCAGCCCGACUAGAGGCAUACCAAUCCGAAAAGGCAAAGGCAGAGCCUCCGGUCAGAGCGCCGAUUUCGCCGACGUGGAGGACUCAACAACGGGCUUAACGUCCAUCAAGGAGAGGUGGACGAAUCUUGCACCGGUCAGAGACUUUGACGUCGUCCGGGAAGAAGGAGGAGGAAUAUCACAUCUUGUAGUGGCGUCUGGCGUGUCGAACUCGAACUCGCUGCGUAUCAUCCGCAGCGGAGUUGGCUUGGAAGAUUUAGUCACUAUCGAGGGGAUCGAAGGGAUCACCGAUCUAUGGCCUGUAGCAUCAUCCAAUGGGUCACCGCUUCUGCUCGGGUCGACGCCGACAUCCACUUUCGUUCUCCAGAUCGAGCCAGAGAUCACCGCCGUGGACAUUCCGGACAGCAUCGCUUCUCGCCCGACUCUUAGUGCAGCGGUGCUGGAAUCAUCACUCGUACAGAUCACCGCGUGUGGCGUCGUCUUAUGGUCAGACUUGGCAUCUGGUAAUCAGGCAGGCAACUGGGAAGUCCCCAACGGCGAAGAAAUCGUUGCUGGUCAUAUUUGCGGAUCGCUCGUUGCUGUUGCGCGACGCAGAGGCAAAGUAGACAUCAUAAGUGCCUCCUCAAACGGGUUGCAAUUGCUCGUAUCCUAUGAGGCAGGUGCCGAAGUCGCUUCGCUAGCGGUAAUUCAACUUCCAACAUUGCCAUCACCGAUCAUUGCGGUCGCGACUUGGGAGAAGGAGAUCCUUGUUUAUGCUCUCGAUCAAAUACAGGCUGGCGCCUCGGUCGUCACCUCGCUAUCCGAAUCAUUCCCCUCAUUGGGCACUUUGACCUCGACUAGCGGCGUCCAGUUGAUUGCGGGUUCAGACGACGGCUCGAUGAUCACAUAUGAUCUUGAGCCAUCGGGUGAUCAAGGAGAAAUCGUCAUGAAGGGCAAACGUCUCGCGAGUCUGGGCAAUAGACCAUUGAAGCUUUGUCAGACUGCUGGACUGGCGGUGGGCGAGGAUCAGAUCGUGGCAGUGGGCCUCACGGAAAGGAUGUCUGUUGUAUUCGAGUCAAGCGAUCGCAUCGACUUCUCGACAGCCAGCAGAAAGGACAUCGUCGCCGCUGCAAACAUCCCGACAACGGCCUUCGGUCACGUCAUUGCCUUGGCAUCUGGUACCGGCCUGUCGUUCACCAGAGUGAAUUCCCUCAAGAAGCUAUCCGUCUCGACGAUGGAUACUGGAGAUCGCACGGCGAACAAGAUCAUCAGCAUGACGACUCAAAAACUAUUGGCAUUAGGGACAGUGUCACGAGUUCUCGAAUCUCAAACUGGCGACGUUUUGCAAUCAAGCUAUAUCGAGCUUCGAGAUCCAACAACCUUGGACCUGCACGUUGACCUGAGGCUCAAAGAUCGCGAGGAAGUCACUUGUCUCCAAGAGGUCCUGUUCAAAGAAGAUUACUAUCUCGCGGUCGGUACUGCCAUACUCCCGAACGAUGAGGAUCUAGAUUCUCUUCUGAGCAUCAAUGAAUCCUCAUUGUACGCCCAGAGCGGGAGACUGCUGCUCGUCGCUCCUGAGCAGGAUGCUAGCUCUGGCGAGUGGAAACUCAAGAUUGUUCACUCGAAGGACGUUCCCGGACCUGUCAAUGACAUCGCAAGCAUCCAUGGCUUUUUGGCUAUUGCAGCGGGCAGUACGGUCACCACGGUCAAAGCUACUGGUGACCACUCGUUCCUCGAAGUGUGUGAUACGUUCUCGUCAGUCUUUGUGGCUCAACACCUGCUCGUCGUCCCACCCACCAAACUCCACAGCACUCCACGUUUGAUCGUCGGGGACGGGAUGCGCAGUCUGUGCGUGCUCGAAGUGGACCUAGCCCUCGCUACCGUGUGGUCGGAGGACAAGGAUAUGGCGACGCAUCAAGUUAUGGCAUUACAGAAUGUCAAAGAUCAGGGACAAGGCUGUAUUAUCGCUGAUGGACACUCUAAUCUUUUAACCUUCCGUCUCGACGAGUCUUUGGAAAGUGCCGCUUCAUUCGGACUUCACGAGGAUGUCGUGCGAUUCAGACAGGGAUCCCUCGUGCCACCAUCGUCAGCUCCGGAAACCAUGACUCCGGACCUCUUGUUCGCCACUGCCGACGGACGGAUUGGAAUCAUCGGAGAGCUUACGACGGCUGCAUCACAGACUAUGAACGAUCUCCAGAGGAAUAUGGCUAGGUAUCAUAAAGGUCCAGGAGGGAUGGAUUGGAAGACCUGGCGACGUGGAGGAACAGAGCUGGUCACGAAGGAUACAGCUGGAUUCGUUGAUGGCGAUUUCAUCCAGCGAUUCCUCGACACGAGCUUGGUCUCAGCUGCUGAUGCCGAAAAGAUGCUAAAUGGCACGAAUGCUCAUGAGCACGUCGGUAAACUUGGCCCAGAUGGUCAUGGAAAGGUCGACGUUGAGCGAGCUGAUGUCCUGCGGGUGCUCGAAGCGGCGGCCGGGUUGUACUAA